CACAACCUGAGCUCGUCCCAGGUCAACAUGGUCCAUCGCAUCCUGGUCGCGUCGUACACAAGCGAAAUCUAUACCCUCGCGUUCGAUCAGCAAGCGCCCUCGCUCACCUUGACUUCCACCAUCACCGUCGGCCACCAUCCCUCAUGGAUCACCGCGCAUCCCGCCGACAAGAGCAUCGCAUAUACGGCUCUCGAACAGAGCGAGGGAAGGAUCAUUGCGUUGAAGCUCGAUGGGGAGGGUCGCGCUACCGCUAUAGGAGAGGGGCCGAGCGGCGGUGCUGACCCGUGCUCGCUCGUCGCUCUGGAUGAAGAGCUGCUUCUCGGGAACUAUAGCUCUGGCACCUUUGCUGCGGUGCCCUUAUCCCUAGAACCGCCGUACAUUGUCGCCGCGAAGACAGUCACCGUUCCCUUCACGGGUACUGGUCCCAACAAGGAUCGCCAGGAAGGCUCCCACCUCCACCAGGUGAUCCCGCAUCCCCACUACAAGGAGCUGCUUAUCCCCGACCUUGGCGCGGACAAGACCCGCCGGCUCGUCCGUGACGGAGAUGGCACCUGGGCGGAAAAGGGUGUCAUCUCGUACAAGGCAGGCGCCGGUCCUCGGCACGUCGCAUUCUAUGAGGACGUGGUUUAUACUCUCUUGGAGCUGACCAGCGAAGUGGUUGCGCACCGCGUGCCUCCUCUGCCUCAAGAGCCAAUCCUCCUCGACACCAUCUCGACUAUGGCGACCCCUCCCCCGCCUGAGCACGCAGCCUACAUGCUCGCUGCAGAGAUUCUGAUCCCCGCCCCCAACUCGUCGUAUCACACGCCAUACAUCUACGUCUCGAACCGAAACGACCCCUCGCCGGAGGGCGACACGAUCGCUAUCUUCUCAACAGUCGACUCAAAGGGCAAGAUUGGCUACGUGACCGAGGUGCGCUCUGGGCUCAAGCAUCUCCGAGGUAUGGUCUUUGGCGGCCCAGACGACAAGUACCUCAUCGCGGGUGGUGUUCACGGCGGAGGCGUUAAGAUUUUCGAACGGGUAGAUGGCGGAAGGAGUUUGAGGGAGAUUGCAUCGAUUGAUCUCGCCGCGCCCACCGGCUUCUUGUGGCUCUAGUCCGGUCCUCGACGCGGAUGGUGGUGCCGUUGGCGGCUUUUCGAACGCCUGUCUUCGUGUCUGUGUCUGUCGCAUCGAAUCAAAGCUCGCCAGAUAGAAGUGUUGAAUGUCAAUGUAUUCGAUUUAUCAUAGGCUCGUUAAUGUAUAACGUCUUAUCGUUGCGUCUCCACUUAGCACCUCCAA